AUGGUCAAACCGUUGGCCUUCAAGGGCGACAAGAAGCCUCACAAGAAGCGAAAGCGAACAAACGACAACGCGAAUGACGACGACACGCCCUCUUCGAAACAGCUCGUGAGCGCCGCAGACGCAGCAGCCGACGACGACGAGAAUUGGGUAUCCGCAGAUGCCAUCGGCGACAUAUCGGGGCCAGUAGUACUGGUGCUACCUACAGAACCUGUUUCGUGCGUGGCCGUGGAUCAGUUUGGCAAAGUCUUCACGAGCAAGAUCGAGAACAUGGUAGAGAAUGAGCCCCGUUCGGCAGAGCCGCAUGAUGUUAGGCAGGUAUGGGUAUCGCAGAGGAUUGUGGGCACAGAGAAUAGCUUUACGUUCAAAGGACACCAUGGGAGGUGAGAAUAUCAGCAAAUGCACAGUAGCGGGAGUGGACGCUGAUGUGAGGAGCAGAUAUCUUGGAUGCGACCAGCUAGGUCUUCUCUCUGCCAACCGAGAAGCGGUCUCACAGGAGGAGACGUUCAUGUGCGUUCCUUCCUCCGAAAAGCCUGGUUCAUUCGACAUUCAAACGACCAGGUCAACAUACAUCUCCAUCGACGCAGACAGGACUCCUGCGGAGAUUCGCGGGGAUGCCGACAAAGCUGGGGAGACUACAGCCGUGCGAAUACGAAUGCAGGCCCGCUUCAAGCCCAAACAUAAGGUUGAAAAGGCGGAAAAAGUUCGCGCAAAGAUCAGCCGGAAAGAGCUGGAAGACGAGGUGGGGAGGAAGCUGGAUGAUGACGAGGUGAAAAAGUUGAAGAAGGCCAGGCGGGAGGGAAAUUAUCAUGAGACCAUGUUGGACGUAAAGGUCAAGGGCAAGCAUGAUAAAUUUGCCUGA